GGCCGCCAUGGGGCGGUACUCGGGCAAGACGUGCCGCCUCAUCUUCAUGCUGGUGCUCACCGUCGGCUUCUUCGUGGCCGAGCUGGUGUCCGGAUACCUGGGCAACUCCAUCGCGCUGGUGUCCGACUCCUUCAACAUGCUCUCGGACCUCAUCUCCCUCUGCGUGGGGCUCUCCACCGGGCGCAUCGCCCGCCGCAGCCGCCGCGGUCCCCGCGCCACCUAUGGCUACAGCCGCGCCGAGGCGGUGGGAGCGCUCAGCAACGCCGUCUUCCUCACCGCCCUCUGCUUCACCAUCCUCGUGGACUCCGUCCUCCGCCUCGCCCGGCCUGAGCCCAUAGACGACGCCCAGCUGGUGCUCAUCGUCGGCACCCUCGGCCUCGCCGUCAACGUCGUGGGGCUCCUCGUCUUCCAGGACUGGGGCGCCUGCUGCCGCGGGCGACGCCCGUGCCCCCCUGCGCCCGCGGCCGCCGCGCUGCGGGACGUGCCCGGUGGCAUCCCGAACGGCGGGGAGGAUGAAGCAGGUGAUUCACCAAAUGACCAAAAGAGCCCUGAAGAGGGGUCUGAGAAGAAAAAAGAGAAAAAGUCUGAAGCCUUGAACAUCAGAGGUGUUCUUUUGCAUGUUAUGGGAGAUGCACUUGGAUCUGUGGUCGUGGUAGUUACUGCUACAAUCUUCUAUGUACGGCCUCUGGGGGAUGCUCCAUGCAAUUGGCAGUGCUACAUUGAUCCAAGCCUGACAAUAGUUAUGGUGCUCAUCAUCUUGUCUUCUGCAUUCCCACUUAUAAAGGAGACCUCAACUAUUUUGUUGCAGAUGGUCCCCAAAGGUGUUGAUAUGCAACUACUGACUGACAGACUAGCUCGUGUACCAGGGGUGAGCAGCCUCCAUGAGGUGCACGUCUGGGAGCUUGCAAGUGGGAGGAACAUCGCCACUCUUCAUAUCAAGUGCCAAACCCCUUCUGAUUACCAAGGUGCUGCUUACCAAAUACGGAAGGUUUUCCACGAGGCAGGAGUCCAUUCUGUGACCAUCCAGCCCGAGUACGCUGACCACAAGACCUCACACCUACUGUGCAGCUCACCCUGCAUCUCAAAAGCCUGUGACUCGCAUCUGUGCUGCAGCCAGAGGGAGCCCCCCCGGGCUGAAACGAAUGGCUACAUGGAGAAAAGUGAAAGCUCCCUUUCUGCACAGCACAAAGACAAUGGUACAAGGAAAAGUGACGUUGAAAUCCCUAUGGAGGACCCAGUGGCAGAGGAGAAUGUGAAAAAUUGUGAUGCGUCUGGUGACAAAUCACAGUCGGGUAGUACACGAUUUUAGGCAAUUCACUCUGCUCUGUUGUGCUCUCAUGGAGCAAACGUAUCUUGGCUGGGAAGGGGGGGCAUCGGUGGUUGUAGCUGAAGUUGGUGUGGCAAAAAGAUUUCUGUGCUUUAACUGUAAACCAAAACACACCUAAAACCCCCUUGUACCUGAAAUAAGGAUUAAGAUUUCCACCAAGGCUGUUGCAUUCAUGUGAUUUUUGUGAUGCAGCCUUACCCGGUUCCUUACCAAACUAAGGCUGAAUUCCUGCUGUUAGAGUGGAUGGGGUAUGUCGCUCUCUUGUCUGCACUGAUGUUUGCAGUUCGUGGCCAGUAACACUGGGAAAGCACCUCUGGCCUUUCCUGCUGGAGCGAGCUGUUUCUUGAAAGCCUUGUGGCCAGUUAAUGAUUGUACUGGGCUGAAGUACUGUAUAUUUAUAAAGGACUUCAGUAGAGAUGCUUUACUGAUCCUUAAACCCCAUUUUUGCAUGGACAGUUCAUUUUUAGCAGUAACAAUUCUGGCCAGUGGAGUUUUUGAAUGAAAUUAAGAGUGUCUAAGGGGGAAGCACUCAGGAAUUAUGACUUGUGUUAUUUUCUUGAUUGACUCCUGUAUUUUGGGACAGAGCAGAAACUGGUCUUGCUUCUCUACAAGUAAUACUGGAGUCCCAGCCUAAUCACAGAUGAGUGUGCUAAGGAACAGACUGUUUGUCAUGAAAGCAAAUAAGUACCUACUAACGUUGUCUGUAUUGAUUCUAGCAAAUGGAGAUGCAGUAGUCAUCCAAUUAACUUUUAUCUUUUCACUGUUGUGAUUGUACAGCUCAGUCUUUUAAAAUUCUUGUUAGCCUUCUCCUGGCAACACAAGUUCCAAGAGCCAUGGUUUAUUUCAUCAUUGUGCAGGAUAAUUGCAUUAUCUUUAACACUGAGUCUGUCAUUAUUCAUGCUGAAUAAAUAAGCUAAUGUGUUUAUUACAAACAGUUGAAAUUCUGCAAUUCUAUUAUUAAGGCAUAAUUUAAUAUUGUAUUAAUUAAGGAAGCACCUUUAAAGUCUUUUAUGCAGUAUUAUCACUUAGAGGGAGCUUUAAAAAAUUUAAACCUGGAAACUUUUCCUGGGCGAGUCUCAAUCAUUUCUUGUUGGCUGGUUUUAAAGGUCUUGAUGCCUUGAACCCUUCCCUCUGCCCUGAUCCUCCUCCCCCUGCCCAAACAUGUAUCUCAAAGUGUAUUUGGUGAAGCAGUUUAUUCCCUUUCUGCUGCUUGCUCUUUCUGAAAGUAUGCAAAGGUGCUCUAAGGAAAACAAGGUGAUGAGCCCUGUCCCCAGUGCUGGAUUUCAGUCCGGUGUGUUCCACAGGUUUGUGGGAGGGGAAACCCACUACUCAAUCCACACUGAGUCUAGUGUUUAAUCUCCCUGGCUAUGCAGAUCAGAUGCAGAAGAUUCCAAAUAUAAUUUGCUGGCAAAAAGCAGCCUUUCAAUGGUCUGUGUGGCCUGGACAGGCUAUUUUAUCCAUUUGUUCACAGGGACACCUUUGUAAAAUAGUUGUGUCUUUGCCUCAGUGACAUCUUAACAGAAAGGGCAAAUUGAUUUCCAGCCUGGGUUGGGAAAAUACCAGGACGUCCUUGUAGGGAUGGCUUAAAAGCAGCCAACUCCUUAUUAAUAAAGUUGAUUGCAAUAAUUCAAUGAAUAUUGAAACACACAGCAGGAUAUUUUUCUGCUUGGAAUGUAGUAUUUACUGAAGCAGUGAUUUCAGUCUAAAUAGAACAUUUCUAGAAUUAUAAUUACCCCUUUAAAACAGCUUUUUGGAUGAAUUAAGGUAUUUUAUAUAUUGUAAGUUUGUAUCAUAUGAAUGAACAACCUAUCUGUUAAUAUAAUUAAGAGCUUGAUUCUGCAGCCUCCUUGAUUCCAUUGGCAACAGCAGGAUCUUGCUUGGCAAUUAUUGCACGAGUUAAUGUAAAUCAGGAAACAUUGUAAGAAUUUGUCUGUUUUUUAAAAGCAUGUGCCAUGACGCAAGACAGCCCUUUCUUCUGUUCUUUUUUUCCCCCCCUCUUUAUUUUCACCUGUGAUGAUGAUGCUUAGAUGUAAAUAACAAAUGUAUUUAUCAUGGUUUGAGAACUGGAAUAGAAAUCUCCCAGAAUAACAACAAAGAACUUUCUUCCCAGAUAGCCUCUAAAACAAGCACCCGUUCAUAAUUAUUUGUAUCUUAAAUCAGGUUAUUUGAUUUUUAUAUAUAUAUAUGCGUACAUAUUUUAUUAAAUGGUUGAAAGCUGGAAUGGCAGUAUUUACUCUGGGAUUAAAGAAAACUAGUAUGUGUGAUGUUGGGGCAUUUGUCAAAAUGCACAAUUUUUAUUCUUCAAGUGUUAAAACUGUGGCUAUGUAUAUUUUAAAACUUUGAAAAGUGUUGUAACCUGAGACUACAAUGAAAUCACAUUCUUAAACUUUAUUUUCUCAUGUCUGGUUGAAUGUACUGCUAUUGCCUGUGAAUAAAUGGAAAAAUACCAGGGAUUAUAGAAAUCAUAAUAUCUAUAAAACAAAAAUAUGUUAAAUUUGCUUCAUUACUUAAGCAAGCAAAACCAACAGUGCUCUGUUAUUUGUGAGAUAAAUCUUGCUCUUUUUUUGUGUUGUGACUUUCAGGGUAUUCAACUAAGGUUUCUGACCAGCAUCUUUGCCUUCCAUUGAGUAACAAAAUACUUUUCUCCUGUACUGUGUAUCCCUGCUCUACUUCUGUGGAAGACUUCAUUCCCAUCCAUGUGUAUUUUGUAUUGGCCUAUUUACCUUCAGUUCUUGGCAUAUCUCUUCUAAUUCUGUUGGAGCAGGCUUCCCUCAGUUUGAGAUACAGUAUAUUUCCAUGUUAGCCCUCAUCUAUGAGCACUUGUUCUAAAUUCAGUUUUGUAGUCUAUUGCACUGUCAUAAAAGCUCUGUUCUGGCCUCUUUAGCUGAAUCACUUUAUUUCCCUCCCUGACAAAUGCAGGUAGAUUGUGCUGCUCUGUCCGCUUCAAACACUGCCUUGUGAUUGUCUUGGUUUUCAGGUUCUCUUGCAAUGAUUGUCCCUUCUGUCCAUUGCUGCUGGUGGCAAAGGAAAUCUGCUUAAAUUAUGUGUGACUUUCAGCUGGUUGUCCACCUCCUGUGGAUGUGAUCUGUAGGCAGUCACGCAUGUGACCUAGUAGAAUGAUGACAAAACCUUUGCUAGCCUUGCCAGAUCAUUCUGCAGUAAAAGUGAAACCUGGAAUAACAUGACAUUGAAAGCAAAAGCAAUUUACUGGCCUUCAUCAGUUGUGUGCCUUUUCUUAAAGGGAAUAAAUUCAUUGUGACCUUUUCGUAUGUGCCAAAAGUGCCGAUGUGAUUUUUAAUUUUUUUCUUCUUCUGAAACCCUCUAAAUGCAGGCAUUUAUUCUUCAUUAUAAAGAAAACUGCUACUAUUUUCAGGAGUAUUGCUUUUGUUUUGCCAGUUUUCAGUUGACUUCUUUUCCUUGUCUUCUUUAUAGUACUUACCUUGACUCAUAGUGCAAGUGUGUUUUUUCCCUCUUAAUGUUUUUUCUCAUUUUCUCUUCCAUAAAAGCAGGAUGGUUUUGUUAGCCUGGUCAUGGUGAUCUACCAACAAUACAGUUUAGAAAUUCCUUUUUAUGCACUGGUUUAAUUUUUGUACUCCAUUCUAUUAAAAUACACCCACUUUCUGGUUUUGCUAUGUGACACACCUUACCAUUACAAACCAGUUUUUGACCUUUAUUUUUUUCCUAUUCUUUCCCUUUCCCAUUCCUGAUUCUAAUGCUUGCUGUCCUGAAUACUCCCUUUUAUUCUGAACUUUGAAGGGAACAUGCCGCCUGAAUUUUUCCCAAAGAGAAGUUCUACCCAAGUUCUAUAGAUGGCUUGAUGUGAGCUACUCUGAGGACUACUUUGUGUCCUGUGGUCUGUGUAGAAGUGUUAUCUAAGUAGUCGUCCUGAGAUAUAAACACAUGUGUUUAUGUAUAAUUAAACUCUUAAUAAACACUCUACCUGAAUCAACUUCUUAAGAAAGGUGGAUUUCUAAACCUGGGAAGAUGUAACGAAAUCAGGAGGGUUCAUUGGUCAUUUGUUAACAUCUUGAGGGAAAGCUUGGUAAAAGAUAAUUCAAAAGCCAUGAAAAUUCCUAAGUUCUACUACUUUGCUGUACAGCGGAAGCACUUUCUACAUUAAAUACUUUAUUUGAACAGUGAUACCUUGAUGCGAGGAUGUCACUGUAUAAGAUUGUUACAUUUAUGGAGCUGUGUUGCUUAAAAGUUUCCUCCAGUUUUUCUGUUCCUUAAGUAAUUUAAUGUGCCAAGAUGUAAUUUCCA